GGGCGUGGGCGUGGGCGUGGGCGGGGGGGGAGUGCACGCGUGGCUGGGGCGCCCGGGCCGCCCCGGACCCCGGCCUCCUCGCGCCCGUGUCGCCCCUUGGAUCCGCUCCCGGGACGGGGACCCGCCGGGCGCGGCCUACGAAGAGCGAGAAAGCAAAAGUGUUCCCCCUAGAAAAGAGCUGAAGUAAUGAGAAGACACCAUGGAGGCUCAGUCCCACAACUCCUCUGCAACCACUGAGAAGAAGAAAGUUGAGAAUUCCAUUGUGAAAUGCUCCUCCAGAACAGAUGUUAGCGAGAAAGCGGUGGCCUCCAGCACUACUUCCAACGAAAUGUACGGAGACCUGCAUGGAAGCUAUUCACAGACGGGAAUAUACCAUCAAUGGGAUGCUGUAACAGAGGAUGAAAGUCCUGGACAGAUCUAUCACCGAGAGAGAAGAAACGCCAUCACAAUGCAGCCACAGAGUGUUCAGGGGCUCAGCAAAAUCAGCGAGGAGCCUUCAACGUCCAGCGACGAAAGGGCCUCGCUGAUCAAGAAGGAGAUCCAUGGGUCCCUCCCACAUCUGGCAGAGCCCUCCGUUCCUUACCGCGGGACCGUGUUCGCCAUGGACCCAAGGAAUGGUUACAUGGAGCCUCACUACCACCCUCCUCAUCUAUUUCCUGCCUUCCAUCCUCCUGUCCCAAUUGAUGCCAGACAUCACGAAGGCCGUUACCAUUAUGACCCAUCUCCUAUUCCUCCGUUGCAUGUGCCUUCUGCCUUAUCCAGUAGCCCAACAUAUUCGGACCUGCCCUUCAUUAGAAUUUCCCCGCACCGGAACCCUGCCGCAGCGUCUGAGUCUCCCUUCAGCCCUCCGCACCCCUACAUCAACCCUUACAUGGACUACAUCCGCUCCCUGCACAGCAGCCCAUCCCUUUCCAUGAUCUCAGCAGCCCGGGGGUUGAGCCCCACAGAUGCCCCCCAUGCUGGAGUCAGCCCCGCGGAGUACUAUCACCAGAUGGCCCUGCUGACUGGACAGCGCAGCCCCUAUGCCGACAUCCUUCCCUCUGCGGCCACUGGUGCAGGGGCCAUCCACAUGGAAUACCUUCACGCCAUGGACAGCACCAGAUUCCCCAGCCCUAGGCUGUCAGCCAGGCCGAGCCGGAAACGCACACUGUCCAUAUCACCACUGUCAGAUCAUAGCUUUGACCUUCAGACCAUGAUAAGAACAUCUCCCAACUCCCUGGUCACAAUCCUGAAUAAUUCCCGUAGCAGCUCUUCAGCGAGUGGUUCCUAUGGCCACUUAUCUGCAAGUGCAAUCAGCCCUGCCUUGAGCUUCACCUAUCCAUCUGCACCUGUCUCUCUCCACAUGCAUCAACAGAUCUUAAGCCGACAGCAAAGCUUAGGCUCAGCCUUUGGACACAGCCCUCCACUCAUCCACCCAGCCCCAACUUUUCCAACACAGAGGCCUAUUCCAGGGAUCCCCACAGUUCUGAACCCCGUCCAAGUCAGCUCUGGCCCUUCCGAGUCUUCACAGCAGAACAAGCCCACAAGUGAGUCUGCAGUGAGCAGCACUGGUGACCCAAUGCACAACAAGCGAUCCAAGAUCAAGCCUGAUGAAGACCUCCCCAGCCCAGGGGCACGGGGGCAGCAGGAACAGCCGGAAGGAACAACCCUAGUCAAGGAGGAAGGGGAGAAAGAUGAAAGCAAACAGGAGCCUGAAGUCAUCUAUGAGACAAACUGCCACUGGGAAGGCUGCACAAGGGAGUUCGACACCCAGGACCAGCUGGUGCAUCAUAUCAAUAAUGACCAUAUCCACGGCGAGAAGAAGGAGUUUGUGUGCCGGUGGCUUGAUUGCUCCAGGGAGCAGAAACCCUUCAAAGCCCAGUACAUGUUGGUGGUGCAUAUGAGGAGACAUACGGGCGAGAAGCCUCACAAAUGCACUUUUGAAGGUUGCACAAAAGCCUACUCAAGACUAGAAAACUUGAAAACACACUUGAGAUCUCACACUGGAGAGAAACCGUAUGUCUGUGAGCAUGAAGGUUGCAACAAGGCGUUCUCAAAUGCCUCCGAUCGUGCCAAGCACCAAAACAGAACACAUUCCAACGAGAAACCAUAUGUGUGCAAAAUCCCAGGCUGCACCAAGCGCUACACGGACCCCAGCUCCCUCCGGAAACAUGUGAAGACUGUGCAUGGCCCUGAGGCGCACGUCACCAAGAAGCAGCGAGGGGACAUGCACCCCCGGCCCCCACCCCCCAGGGAUUCUGGCAGUCAUUCCCAGUCCAGGUCCCCUGGCCGGCCGACUCAGGGAGCCCUCGGGGAUCAGAAAGACCUCAGUACCCCUACCUCAAAGCGGGAGGAAUGCCUCCAGGUGAAGACAGUCAAAGCUGAGAAGCCCAUGACAUCUCAGCCAAGCCCUGGUGGUCAGUCUUCAUGCAGCAGCGAACAGUCCCCCAUCAGCAGCUAUUCCCACAGUGGGCUCGAGCUUCCUCUGACCGAUGGAGGAAGUGCUGCAGACCUCAGUGCCAUCGAUGAAACCCCGAUCAUGGACUCGACCAUUUCCACCGCCACCACAGCCCUUGCUUUGCAAACCAGGAGGAAUCCAGCAGGGACCAAAUGGAUGGAGCACGUCAAACUAGAAAGGCUGAAGCAAGUGAAUGGAAUGCUUCCGCGACUGAACCCCAUUCUACCCCCCAAAGCCCCUGCGGUCUCUCCUCUCAUAGGAAAUGGCACACAGUCCAGUAACAACUGCAGUUCGGGCGGGCCUGUGACUCUUAUCCCAAACAGAGGCGACUUCUCCGGGGUGGACCUCACCAUGCUGAACACGCUCACCCGGAGGGAUAGCAACACCAGCACCAUUAGCUCAGCCUACCUGAGCAGCCGCCGCUCCUCGGGCAUCUCCCCGUGCUUCUCCAGCCGCAGGUCCAGCGAGGCAUCGCAAGCCGAGGGCCGGCCCCAGAAUGUGAGCGUGGCUGACUCCUAUGACCCCAUCUCCACUGACGCCUCACGAAGGUCCAGCGAAGCCAGCCAGGGCGAUGGGCUGCCCAGCCUGCUCAGCCUCACACCUGCCCAGCAGUACCGCCUCAAGGCCAAGUAUGCCGCGGCCACGGGAGGACCACCACCCACGCCGUUGCCACACAUGGAGAGGCUGAGCCUGAAGACCAGGAUGGCCCUGCUUGGAGACAGCCGGGAGUCCGGGGUGACCUUGCCUCCCGUGCCCCCUCCCCGGAGAUGCAGCGAUGGGGGUGCCCACAGUUAUGGCCGGCGCCACCUGCUCCCACAUGACGCCCUGGGGAACAGUGUAAGGAGGGCCAGCGAUCCAGUGAGGACGGCCUCAGACAGCCUGCCACCACCCAGGGUCCCACGCUUCAGCAGCCUCAACAGCUUCAGUCCUCCAUCUGCCGAAAAGCGGAGUCUGGUGCUGCAGAACUACACUCGGCCUGAAGGCAGCCAGCCCCAUCCCUUCCACGCGUCCCCCUGUCCUCCCAGCAUCACGGAGAAUGUCACCCUGGAGUCCCUGACCGUGGACGCUGAUGCCAACUUGAACGAUGAGGAUUUCUUGCCUGAUGACGUGGUGCAGUAUUUAAAUUCCCAGAACCAAGCAGGGUACGGGCAGCACUUGCAGAGUGCUAUCUCAGAGGACAGCAAAGGACCCCACAGGCUGGGCGACUUUGACCCACCUGGGCUGCCAGACAACCAGUUCCAUUCCCUGGAGCAGACGGGCACAGAAGGCAGCAAAAGUGACCUGCCCAUUCAAUGGAACGAAGUGAGCUCGGGAAGCGCCGACCUGCCCUCCUCCAAGCUGAAAUGCGGCCAGCGCUCUGCAGGGCAGCAGGCUCGGGGCUUCGGGCUGUACAGCAGCAUGGUGGUUCCCCCACAGAACCCUUGGAGGGCUGGCCUGGGCCUGGCUGGGGGAUAUCAGGGCCUCACGGACAAUGGCAGCACCUUCAGUAGUGGCCCGGAGCAUCUGGCCAUCCCUGGUGACACCAGCACCAGUCCCGGGGGAAAUCCCUUCCACGCACAGCCCUAUAAGGCCCAGCAGUAUGUAAAUUGUCUGGCCAGGCAGCCAGCUGCCCCUGGGUCACUAGACAGUGCCUCCGGCACUGGGGUUCAAGGGUCCAAGCUGAAGAGUGCCACCAUGCAAGGGAAUGGGGGUCCCCUGGAUUUUGAUGUGCCGGUGGCACCAAAUGAGUCAACUCGCAUCACAGUGAGCGGCAUGCAGACCCCAGACCCGAUGGGACAGGGCUGCCUCCCUCACCAGCUCCUUGGGGAUGGCGUGCAGCAGCACCAGGGGGCAGGCCGCGCCGGGCAGCAGGUGCUCCAGCAGGUCAGUGCUACCUCACACAUCAGCUCCUACCAAGGGCCAGAGGGCUGCCUGCCCGGGACCCAUGGCGUCAGCUGCCAGCCGUCAGGCCUGGUAGGGGUCAGGGGCUACCAGCCCUGUGCCGGCUAUGGGGGCAGCCGGCGGCAGGCUGUGCCAAGGGCCAGCCUCACACUGCAGCAAGGACAACUCAGUGACAGGAGUCAGACCUGCAGGGUGAACGGCAUCAAGACAGAGAUGCCUGGGCAGCCCUCGCAGCUCUGUGCAAAUGUGCAGAAUUACUCUGGUCAGUUCUAUGACCAAACCAUGGGCUUCAGUCUGCAAGACACGAAAGCUGGCUCGUUCUCCAUGUCUGGGGCCAGCUGCCUGCUACAGGAGGCCGGUGCCGAAAACUCUGAGUUACUCUCCCCAGGUGCUAACCAGGUGACAAGUACCGUGGACAGCCUCGACAGCCAUGACCUUGAAGGGGUGCAGAUCGAUUUCGAUGCCAUCAUAGAUGACGGGGACCACGCCAGCCUGAUGUCAGGGGCCCUGAGCCCGAGUAUCAUUCAGAACCUUUCCCAUAGCUCCUCCCGCCUCACCACGCCUCGAGCCUCCCUCCCGUUCCCAGCUCUGCCAGUGAGCACCACCAACAUGGCGAUCGGGGACAUGAGCUCUUUGCUGACCUCCCUUGCGGAAGAAAGCAAAUUCCUUGCGGUUAUGCAAUAGGCAUUAGGCAAGAAGGACUGCAAACAGAUGUAAAGCUGUAGGAGUUGAAAGAUUGAACUGACUUCAUUUUGGCUGGGUUUUUAUGUGUGUGGCUUUUUUUUUUUUUAGUUCUGUAUGUAUUUUAGCAAUCUCAUCUCACUUAACUGGGAUGUGUUUCAAGUAUAUUCCUUUUAUGCAAAAGGACUCUGAAAACCCCUAAGGUAUUCUAGGGAGAAACUGUCUUCCAUUUCAGUUUUGAAUCAGUAUUGUUACACUAAAACCACCCUCUUUUCUUUUUUUAACUGUAAACCCACCCUUUUUUUAGUAAACCUAUAUAAAUGCAUUAUGUGCAGGUUCUUUCUUUUAGAAGAGAGGUCAAAUUUGAAAGGGUUUGACACGGUUCUCUAUUACUCCAAGGAACUAGGAGUUGUGCUUGUGACCACAGGGUUACAUGUCCAGGCUUUUAGUAAUUUUCCUUUACAUAUGCUCAAUGUCUUGGGUGUGUGUGUGUGUGUGUGUGUGUGUGUGUGUUUUGAAUUCCCACAUUGGGCACAAGAAUCAGAAUAUGGAUAGUGAGUUUGAGAAUCGUUUCAGGAUGGACAGAUGGAUUUUAUGUGCUCCCAUCCGCAGUGUAAUUCAGGGCGUACUCUCGACAGUGGCACAGAAGUGGACAGUUGGGGCUCUUGCAAAUGAAAUCCUUAGCUCAUUCUUGGUGUUUUCAGUUCUUCGUGUCUGUAAGUGUGCUUUGGGUGGGUUUGUCGAUAAAAUCAGUUCUCAGUUAUCUCUCUUCCUUCAUUCUGUACCUUGAUGAAUAUUUGGGGCUACUUAGCACUGCAAUGAGGGGGGACAGGCAGUUGGUGACAGUCAUGUUGCUACUUUUAUCUGUUCUACUAAGAAGUUAGAUAGAUGAUAGAUUGAAGCAACUGGGUAGAAUUAGUUUGGGGAAUAUUUGUGGGUUGGCUGUAUUGAUUAGUUUCAUCUCUUUCCCAUCUGACCUCAAUAACUGAGAAUUGAUUAUCUGUAGCUCUCUCUCUAUAGGUAUUUAAACAACCCCACAACUGGCUAUACAUUAAUGUUUAUUAAUUCCAGUAUCGUGAAGGAGCCUGUCUAUUCUAAGUGGCUUAUUUUAAGGGAUCUUUAAAACUUAGUUGUAAAAGGAAAAGCUCAUAUACAUUGAUAUUGAGACUAAAUCGGUUCAACCAAUUCUAGCAUUUAAGAACAGGAAGGAAGAUAUUUAGUAGCUGUGCAGGUACCAUUGUUUACAUUCUAUCCACUGAGCUCUGCAUGCAUUUAGGAGUUCAGUGUUACACACAGUUCUUAAUAUGGACUGGUAUCUGUGCUUCUGUUUUAGGUGGAAACAUUUAAAGAUUCAAGAAGUACAGCUACUUCCCAUGUGCAGUUAAUACACACGAAAGCCAUGCUGUGUGUGCACAAAGAGUACAUGGAUUAUCCAGCACACUACUUUAAACAUGUGUAAACUAUUAAAGUAUUAAUACUCAAACUAUAUGCAGUAUUCAACCCCUGUUAAUCCUUGGAGUUCAAUUUAUCCAGUGAUUCAUGAUCCAGUUGUGUGGGUUUUUCCCCCUUAAUUCCCACCGUUUAAUUUACUAGUAGACAAAAGUCAAGUGAAAGAAAGUGCUACAGAAAGACUACUAGCAGCAGCCCAUUUUUCUCAUGUUUACUUUCUCCAGUUUGAGCCAAGAAUCGCAGCAUGGAAGUAAAGUUGCCAUGCAGGACUCUGUGGCUAAGACUGUGAGGUUUGCUUUCAACUCGAUUCUCCUGGCUCCAGCAGAGUUACUCUGCGAAUCUUCCUCUGCACCCUGCCGUCUUCCCCAGGGAGCCCCUUUUAAAUCAAAGGAUGUAACCCAUUUGGAAUAGUUCACAAGCAAAAGGCAGCACUGAUCUGAGCUCCUGAGAGUAGAAUCUCUACCACUUUUCAUCUAAAAAGCAAGACUUUUCGUCUCUUCUUCAAAACAUGUCACCUCUCCAUAGUAUCAGCCCUGCACCCCUGAAUGUCAUUGUCCCAAGUAUCUCGAGCUCCUGGCUCUCACAUGCUGUUGGAUUUGGCCCAAGCUCUUUCUUACCCUGGGUUUUCCCCUCUGGUUUCAGGUUAUCCUCCAGGUUUGUCUCUUUCUUUAAUUUUUCUUUCUCAUCCUUGUUUACCUUGCUGCUGCCCUUUGGAUUGCAGGAGACACUUUUCAACUCGAUACUGCCUUUUCUCAAUGUGGACAUUUCAGAAGGAAACAAGAAAGGAGGGAGGGAAGAAGAAAGUGAACUUUCCCUGGAUUUCAGCGAUCUGCAUGGCCAUGCAUUGGAAGUAAAGUCUUUUGAGGUCACUUAGGAGUACCCAUGGGGACAUGGGAUCUCUGUACACCUGCUGCCUCCUAUCAUGAGACCCACCCAUGGCCUCCAGCCUUCUCUCCAGUUCUCUGACCUAUGCAUUUAGGAAACUACAUAGCACUGACUCACUAAGGUCACUGUUUACUCUUUAAUAAAAGAUGCAGGCUCAUACAUGGUACUCUUGUUUAACAUCUGUUAAACUUGUUUUUAUCUUUGCAGCCAUUUUUAUUUUUAUAAAGAAUGGAUUAAACCACCCCCUGCCCCUCACACAUUGGCUCGUCAUCUUGAGCCACUGAGUUUUGAUUCUUGCGAUAUAUGUGCCUUAUUUUAUGUUAAUCUUGUCAAUGAGCGGGACCAGUUGGUGUCACCCAGCCGACACUUGCAGGCCGUGUGCCUGGCGUCUGGCGAGGAGAGGGAGGGCGUGCAGGAUCGGAGCCAUCUGAGCUGUCCGUAUCCUGGUUUCCUGUGUUGCUUUGAACUGAUAGGAGGAUGUUCUUUUCUGACAAGCUACCCUUGUGGAUCCUGCAAAUGUGUAAGAUAAAAUAAAGUUCCUUUUUUUUACCUUUUUUAGAUUAAAAAAAAAAAUGUGUAAUCCUUUUUAAAAAGAAACACAUGUAAAUACAUUUAAGUAUUGUAGGCAUAGUGUUUGGAUGUGACCAGGCCGGACCUUCCUUGGAGAAACCUGCAGCCCCCGAUGCUGUGUGCCCAGCUCCACGCUGGGGAGCUGCAGCCCAGACACACGUGAACUUGACUUUGGCUUUCAGAACCACUUAGUCCUUUUGUAACAAAGAAGAAAGAAAAACAAUGUUUCUUACAAUGUCAAUAAAAAC